ACAAUUUCUCUUUUCCCGCAACGAAUAUUUACACUGACACUAUGAGUAGUUCAUGCAGUCGAUGUAAUGUCGAACGAGAUUUAAUUAUUCCGAGAUUAAUCUCACUUUGAUGUUCUAUAAGUGAAAGUAGAUUGUUCCGUCAUUCACUUCCUAAACGUGUCCGGACAUGCCUAAACAUUUGACAUUUAAAUAGAGCUCAUCAUCAUCAAUGAUUGGAUGUUUCCUGCAUGCAGUAGCUCUUAAGAGAUGCUCUGCACUGAAAGCAACUGAUGCCUGGAUAUCAUGACAGUGUUACAGAUUGAAACUGCUGCUUUGGCUGGAAUGAGUGAAAACUUUUGGUUGGAAAAAGCCUGUGCUCACCUUAUUCCUGCUUUACCAUUGUGGAUCAUUGAAUAUGCAUGGACUAAACGGAUGAUGGAGGUCUUAGAAGUUCUAGGACCCCCAUUAUGGCUAGAAGGUGACUGGCAUCUUCUGACCCUUGAAGAGCCAUGCAGAAUCCGUGUGGUGGCAGCAGAGGUCUGGAGGAUCAUGCAGACCAGAGACAUCAAGCACUUUGAGAGAGUAACUGAGUUUUUGGAUGUUACGUACACACUUGUGCCAAGACUAGUGACUCCGAUCAAACACAUGAAGAUCAUGUUUGGUCUGCAGACUCUGGUUAUCAUGUGGAUGUUGUGGAAUGACCGAAGCACUGAUCAAAUCUCUGAAAAGAUUGAAAACUUUUUCCCUAGAAGCCUUCCAGAGUAUCACAAAUGUAGCCGUAGGAACAUGGAUCUGAUGCAGAAAAACCAGAAAGAUUUCAAGUCCUUUGCUCAUGUUCUGACCAGAGACAGGGAUGUGCGUGAGACUUACAUUCGGGAUUUAUUGGAGGAGCAAUAUGGUGAACGCUAUGCACAGAAGCUGGAGGAGAGACUUGCACAUUAUUUAGGAGAGCUAGAUAAAGUCCUGCCACAACCAUCGUGUAUUGAACAGGUACUGAAGUCCCGUUCAUAUGGGAAGGGAGAAAAGAUACUAAAAAAAUUACUUUCAAGGGAUAGUGCAUCUGUAGCCACAAUUCUGAAGAGACUCCUGCAUUGCGCUGUAGCAACAAAUCAGAGCCUUGCUGACAGUCUCUCACCAUCACUUUUAAAUCCUUGUGAGGUACAAAGGGAAGCUGAAGUAGUUAAACCAUCCAGUGGUACCCUCUGUGUAUUUUUGAGGCCAUCUCAGAACACCACAAAAAAGGAUCGACUCUCACAAACCAGCACAAAAGGUUCUCAGGGCUUGUGGCAGAAUAGAAACACAGAAACCAUUUUACCUCAGGAGAAGAUUUGUGAUGAUAGAGUAAUUGUUACAUCUACGCAGUUGUCGGAUUCUGAUAUAGAUCAGAGUGAUUUCAGCCAGUCUCUUCUGGUUGGGAGGCACAGGCAGGAGAAAACUCAAUCUGAACCAGAACAGAAGGAAAGUGAGCCUGUUUUUCCAGAGCAGAUCUGCUCUUGGCAUGGCAAAAAAAUGAGGAGCAUCCUUCAGGAAUGUUCUGAAGAACUUGAAGGAGAAGCCAUACAAGCAGAAUGCACUCCCACAUCAACCCAGAGCACUCCACCUCUUCUCCCGUAUACAUCACAACCUCAAGGAUCUCCAAACCAGCACUCGUUGUCUUCUAACGCAGAUUCAUCCUCCACAAACAUUUCACUGUCCUGCAUCCAGCAGGCCAGUCUUUCACCAGUGUCCUCAACGAAUCCAGAUGCUCUUUCACCCUCAGUUCUCCAACAGCCCUGCUCAUCGCAGUCCGCAGCCUCAAAGCAACUUGCAGUCAAUGCAGGACAGUUUUUUGCCACCGCUGUCUUUGCUGAACCAAGCAGAACUGAUAAACACAUUUUGAAACUGUCCUUAGAGAGUCAAAGCUUCCUAAUGCAGUCCAAGUGGCUUCAACCUCAAGUGUGCCUUAAUAGACUAAGCAAGGAAGAAUGUGCCAGAGCCAUGGAUUCAUACAGAACCUGUGACAUUUUAGAAAGAGAACUAGAACCUGAAGACGAUCAAUACAUGUUAUUUGAUGUAAAUGCAUUGUAUUCUGAUUCAUACUCAGAAGACUCAGAUUCAGACUCUGAUGACCCUGAUUACAAGCCUGACUAAUACUAAAGCAGACAACAUCAAAAAGAUAGAAAUAUAUUAUUCAUGUUUUUUUAGAUGCAUAGCUACUCAAACAUCUAUUUUAGAGUUUGCUUUGGAUAUUUGAAUGAACACGCAAUAGGGUUGGGAAAAUAUGCCGCUUUUUAAACCAGUUUUACCUCAUCACUGUACCUCAUGCAGGUCAAAUUGCUUUAAGCUCUUGAUGGUCAGCAGCUCAGCAUUUUCAAAGAAACCAGUUGCUCCUUAAUCUUAAUCCAACAGUCAAAUCCUCAUGCAGUCCAAGUGGCUUCGACCUCAACCGUGCCUUAAUAGAUUCACCAAGGAAUAAUGUGCAAGAGCCAUGGAUUCACACAAAGCCUGUGACAAUUUAGAUGAAGAAAAUUGCUGCUUUUCAUCUUAUUUUACCUCAUCGUUUAUCAAAUGCUCAGUCUUUCACCAGUGUCUUCAAAGAAACCAGUUGCUCCUUCAUCUCAAUCCACAGAUUCAAAACAACAUGUCACUUUAGGAAUCAAUGCAAGACAGAUUUUAGACACUAUUGUCUUCGCCAAACCAAGCUGAACCGAUGAACACAAUCCCAAACUGUCCUAAGCUUCUUCAUAAUGUCCAAGUGGCUUAAACAGACUAAGCAUAUUUUAUCCAUUUUAAUAGAACAAGAGCCUGAAGAUUAUCAAUACGUGUUAUUUGAUGUAAAUGCACUGUAUUCUGAUUUAUACUGAGAAGAUUCAUGACCCCGAUUACAAGCCAGAAAUCAGAAAACGAUAAAAAGGUGCCAGCGAACGUGGUCUUCGGCAUGUUUUUAAAUGCGUAAAUACUCAAACAUUUACUUCGGAUGUUUGAAUAAACUCACAUUAGGGUUGGGAAACUAUGCAGCUUUUUUUACCUCUUAGUUUACCUCAGAAAGGUAAACUUGCCUUAAAGUUUUGAAGGUCAACGCCAAACUAUAUGUGGCCUGUAUGUUUUGUAAUCAGACAUUUUAGCCUUCAUUGCCCUAAAGUGUUAGUGCAUAACAUGCUUUCUAGUGUGGAACGCUGUGUACUGUUGGUUUUGUGAUGCGUAUGGUGGGUCAGGGUUAUCUCUGGGUCUCUGCAUGGCGUGUUUUAGUGGAUACAUGUUGACAUGCUUUCUUUGAUCGACCUAGAAGGUUAUGUAAGGACAGACAUUUUGGAUUAUGAUGUAAGUUUUCUGACUUUGUGUGAAGCACACCCAGCAUUAGGUUGUACUGAACCUUCUUUCAGUUAUAUAGAACAUCAGGUCAGAAAUGUUUUAAGGUUAAUCUUAGGCUCACUAAUUCAGCGCUACUUGUGUACGUGCUUGUUUCUUAAAUAAGUGGUUAUGCCAAGAACAAAAACAUGAAAGAGAGUUGUGAGUUUGAAGUUCAAGGUUAUUACUCUGUAAAACUCCAUUCUGUCUUUUGUUUACCUGACUUGAGUGUAAAUUUGACUUGAUGUUAUUGCAAACUUCUUUGUCGUUAUUGCAUCAGAUAGAGCGCACUCGUUCAUAUCACGUAUAAAAAAUGUCAUCUAAUGUCAUUAGGUGUUUUGGAUGAUGAUUGUUUGAGCUUGAAAGAGUUACAUAAAUCAUCCAAGUGACAGCCUUUCAUUUUCUUAUUUAUUUUAAAGCCGCAUGACUUUUAUUAAAGCAAUAGUUCACCCAAAAUGAUGGUCAUUAUUUGGUCGUUUUUUACCUCCUGUAGUUGUCCUUUCAUUAUACUGUGAAACA